GGGCUCUCUGCAUGUCCUUGUGCCCCUGCCCCUGCCCCUGCCCACUGCAGGUCACUGCCUUGGUCAGCACAUACCUUACCCUGUUCCUCCCUCCAGGGCAGAGUCCAACAGAGCCAUAAAGCUCAAGAAGGAGUCCGAGGCAAAGGCUGGCAGCAGAAGUGAGCCCAGAGCAGAGCACACAGAGCCAUGGGGCGGGGGACCCUGGCCCUCGGCUGGGCCGGAGCUGCUCUCCUGCUGCUGCAGAUGUUGGCCGCAGCAGAGCGCUCCCCACAGACCCCAGGCGGCAAGGCCGGGGUGUUUGCGGACCUGAGCGCUCAAGAGCUGAAGGCCGUGCACAGCUUCCUCUGGUCCCAGAAGGAGCUGAAGCUGGAGCCGUCGGGAACACUGACCAUGGCCAAGAACUCCGUGUUCCUCAUUGAGAUGCUGCUCCCCAAGAAGCAGCACGUGCUGAAAUUUCUGGAUAAAGGCCACAGGCGUCCCGUGCGGGAAGCUCGGGCCGUCAUCUUCUUCGGAGCCCAGGAGCAGCCCAACGUCACCGAGUUUGCGGUGGGGCCGCUGCCAACGCCCCGUUACAUGCGAGACCUGCCCCCGAGGCCUGGGCACCAGGUCUCCUGGGCCUCCAGGCCCAUCUCUAAGGCAGAGUAUGCCCUCCUGAGCCACAAGCUGCAGGAGGCCACCCAACCCCUGCGCCAGUUUUUCCGUCGCACCACGGGCUUCUCCUUCGGAGACUGCCACGAGCAGUGCCUGACCUUCACCGACGUGGCGCCCCGCGGCUUGGCCUCUGGCCAGCGCCGCACCUGGUUCAUCUUGCAGCGCCAGAUGCCAGGCUACUUCUUGCACCCCACGGGGCUGGAACUCCUGGUGGAUCAUGGAAGCACGAACGCCCAAGACUGGACGGUGGAGCAGGUCUGGUACAACGGGAAAUUCUACCGCAGCCCCGAAGAGCUGGCACAGAAGUAUAACGAUGGAGAGGUGGAUGUGGUGAUCCUGGAGGACCCCCUUGCCAAGGGCAAGGAUGGAGAGAGCCCGCCAGAGCCAGCCCUCUUCUCUUUCUACCAGCCACGUGGGGACUUUGCCGUCACCAUGCACGGCCCCCACGUGGUCCAGCCCCAGGGCCCCCGCUACAGCCUGGAGGGCAACAGGGUGAUGUACGGGGGCUGGAGCUUUGCCUUUCGCCUGCGCUCCUCCUCUGGGCUGCAGAUCCUGGACGUGCACUUCGGGGGUGAGCGCAUAGCCUACGAGGUGAGCGUGCAGGAGGCCGUGGCGCUGUACGGAGGGCACACCCCUGCAGGCAUGCAGACCAAGUACAUAGACGUGGGCUGGGGCCUGGGCAGCGUCACACAUGAGCUGGCCCCUGACAUCGACUGCCCAGAGACAGCCACCUUCCUAGACGCCUUCCAUCACUACGACGCAGACGGCCCCGUCCUCUACCCCCGGGCCCUCUGUCUCUUUGAGAUGCCCACAGGGGUGCCCCUCCGGCGGCACUUCAACUCCAAUUUUAGCGGCGGCUUCAAUUUCUACGCGGGGCUCAAGGGCCAGGUGCUGGUGCUGCGGACAACGUCAACGGUCUACAAUUACGACUACAUCUGGGACUUCAUCUUCUACCCCAACGGGGUGAUGGAGGCGAAGAUGCACGCCACCGGCUACGUCCACGCCACCUUCUACACCCCUGAGGGCCUGCGCUAUGGGACACGCCUGCACACACACUUGAUCGGCAACAUGCACACGCACCUGGUGAAUUACCGUGUCGACCUGGACGUGGCAGGCACCACGAAUAGCUUCCAGACCCUGCAGAUGGAGCUAGAAAACAUCACCAACCCCUGGAGCCCGAGACACCGCCUGGUGCAGCCCACGCUCAAGCAGACCAGGUACUCCCGUGAGCGCCAGGCAGCCUUCCGCUUCGGACAGCCUCUGCCCAAGUACCUGCUCAUUACCAGCCCCAAGGAGAACCCGUGGGGCCACACGCGCAGCUACCGCCUGCAGCUCCACUCCAUGGCCGACCAAGUGCUGCCCCCGGGCUGGCAGGAGGAGCGGGCUGUCACCUGGGCCAGGUACCCCCUGGCCGUGACCAGAUACCGGGAGUCUGAGCUCUCCAGCAGCAGCAUCUACAACCAGAACGACCCCUGGGACCCACCCGUGGUCUUUGAGGAGUUUCUUCGAAACAAUGAAAACAUUGAAGAUGAGGACCUGGUGGCCUGGGUCACAGUGGGCUUCCUGCACAUCCCCCACUCAGAAGACAUCCCCAACACGGCCACACCUGGGAACUCCGUGGGCUUCCUGCUCCGGCCCUUCAACUUCUUUCCAGAGGACCCAGCCCUGGCGUCCAGAGACCUCGUGGUCGUGUGGCCUCUGGAAAAUGGCUCCACCUACGCCCAGCGCUGGAUCCCCGAGGAGGACCAGGGCUGCCUGAAGCCGCCCCCUUUUAGCUACAAUGGAUCCUACAGGCCUGUGUGAAGGCCUCUGGCCCCCCACCACUAACUCCUACCUGAAGCCCGAGGUUCCCCCACACACACCCAGGAACAGACAGGAAAGCCCUUAGGGCCCAGUCCUGUGCUGCCUCCGGGCAGGGAGGCACAGCGGGCGAGGCCACCCACCAGGCCAGGCGUGCAGGACACACACAGAUGAGAAACACAGACCUCGCCCAGGCUUCCACUCACCUUGGACUGGCCCAGAAGACCUCCAUCCCUAAGGAAAAAUGACACUCACGGACACUGGGGCGACCUGUCGCAGUGGCUUAAAGCAUCAGAGACCACAAUUCCCUCUCGGGGGCUGUAGGGGUUCGGCUGGGUCGCUGAGAGGCAGGCAAAGCAGGACAACCACAGGAAGACACUAGGGAACAAUCUAGAGAAAUUGCUAACACCUGUACCCUUUGACACCCUGGUCCAUUUUCUAGGGGUUUCUCCUGGAGACCUCCCUCCAAACACAGGAAAUGCAUUCACAGAAA